CUGGACAGGUGGAUGAGCCUCUCUGAGCCUCCCAUUCCCACCUCCAAAGGGGCCUUGACCCCUAUUGCACAAGACUGCAGGGAGGGCUGGGUGGCAGGAAGGACGGGAACGUGUGGGCCUGUCACAGCACAGAACCCGUUUGUACCCAGAGCGGGGCCAAGAGAUGGGCUGAGGCCCCCACCCUGCCGCCACCUCUAGGAGACAGAGGGUCCAAGCCUCUUUGUACAGGGGCCUCUGGCACAGCACUGACCACCGGUCAGGGAGGGCCCCAAGCAGGGCCCAGUGACCCGUCUGUUACUCCCUCCCCACCAAAAAAAACCCAGAAAUGUUUCCAAUGUACCUCUUGGGGACUGGGCUCUUUUAAUUGAGGUGAAAUUCUCAUAAUAAAUUUACUCAUUUUUAAGUAAACAACUCAGUGGCAUUUAAUACACCCACGCUGUUGUACAACCGCCACCUCCAUCUCCUUCCAGAACUUUCAUCACCCCAAAUGGAAACCCGUACCCACUAUGCAGUCCCAGCACACCCUGGCCCACUGCAGACCCCUCCCACCUAUCUCAGGCCCGGGUGGCAGCUGCCUGGCCGUCUGGCGCAGGCAGGCGAGGGCACCUGGCGGCCAGCAGGUUCCUGGGAGCCAGCUGCCGCUGAGCAAACAGCCUGAGAGGGAUAGAGUGUCCACAGCGGGAGGCGACAGCCCUCCGCUCCUCCCCUGCUCCUCAGCCCCUCCCUGCCGCCGGGAGCUCAGGUGGGCCACCCCAGAGGUGAGGCGGUGGCCACCCCUCCCCGGGCCUGGUACAGUCUCCAGAUAGCGGCCUUGCCCCACCCCCACUGGGGCCGCCAGUGGGGCCACGUGGCCACAGGAAUGACCAGCAAGGCUUUCCUGGAGGCCGGGCCUCCCAGAGCUAGGCCAGGAGCUUCCUGCCUGAGAGGUAGGCGCUGGGCCUGUGACCAAGGCUGGAGAGAGUAGGGGAGGCUGGGAUGGGGCCUUGAGCGUGGGAGGAGGGAGGGGACGGUGCCCCAGCAGGUUGGCCAGCGGCUGAAGAACAGGCACUCAGGGCUAGCAAGUGGGCUCGGGGUGGCUGAGGGCCCUGUGGCAAAGCUGGGCAGGUCCUGGGAGCCAGUGGGUGGGGGCUGCACCCCAUGCCAUCUGCUGCGGCUGGCAGGGCCAGUCUGGCCAGGUCCCUGGACGCCACCCCAAGCAGUCAGGGCAAAGGGGCUCCCGCACUUCCUCGGAUAUCUUUGGCCUCUAAAAAGCGGGUUCCCCGCCAGCCCAGGGCGCCAGAGGUGGGGACCGCCCCAGGUCGGUCAGGUGACUGAUGUCUGUGCCCGGGUGGCUGAGCCCUGGGGCAGGAGGGAGCCCCAGGCCGGGGCCUUGGAGCUGGGUCCUUGCACACGGAGGGCGCCCUGGGCUGCCCUGAAUCAGGGAAAGUGGGCUGGGUGGUCAUGGAGGGGAUGGUGACCGAUGCCCAGGGCAGCCCUGGGCAUGUCCCCAGCCUGGAGGAGGAGCCCCUCCCACGCCCGCUCAGCCCAGCCGCCUCCCUGCCCCGCUCCCUCCUCCCCCUGGCUGGCACUAGGGCUGCCUCCAGCCGCCGGGAGCACCUUUGCCCUCACUCCUCCUUGUCUGUCCUCCCUUCGCCUCUGCAGAUGACUAAUGCCUCAGGGCUCCUGGGAACAGCCGGCGCCCCCCUGGUGUGGGCAACCUGGCUGCAGCCCAGCCCCCUGGCGGCCAUGCCCACCGUGCCCAUGGGGCCGCAGGUGGACCACGUGGCGAAUGGCUCCCAGGACACCUCCCGGCUCUUCCUUACCACCGCACUGGCCCGCGGCAUCUCGGGUAUCUUCGUGUGGACCGCCCUGGUCCUUACCUGCCACCAGAUCUACCUGCACCUGCGCUCCUACACCGUCCCCAACGAGCAGCGCUACAUCAUCCGCCUGCUCUUCAUUGUGCCCGUCUACGCCUUUGACUCCUGGCUCAGCCUCCUCCUCCUGGGGGCCCACCAGCACUACAUCUACUUCGACUCUGUGCGGGACUGCUACGAGGCCUUUGUCAUUUACAGCUUCCUGAGCCUCUGUUUCCAGUACUUGGGGGGCGAGAGUGCCAUCAUGGCUGAGAUCCGGGGAAAGCCCAUCCGGUCCAGCUGCUUCUACGGCACCUGCUGCCUGCGCGGCAGGUCCUACUCCAUCGGGUUCCUGCGCUUCUGCAAGCAGGCCACGCUGCAGUUCUGCGUCGUGAAGCCUGUCAUGGCCUUGGUCACCAUCAUCCUGCAGGCGUUUGGCAAAUACCAUGAUGGGGACUUCAAUAUCCGCAGCGGCUACCUCUAUGUCACCCUCAUCUACAAUGUCUCCGUCAGCCUGGCCCUCUACGCCCUGUUCCUUUUCUACUUCGCCACCAGGGAGCUCCUGCAGCCCUUUGAGCCUGUCCUCAAGUUCUUCACCAUCAAGGCUGUCAUCUUCCUGUCUUUCUGGCAGGGGAUGCUGCUGGCCAUCCUGGAGAGGUGUGGGGUCAUCCCUGAGGUCCAGGUCAUCGAUGGGAGCAAAGUGGGGGCCGGCACGCUGGCCGCUGGCUACCAGAACUUCAUCAUCUGCAUCGAGAUGCUCUUUGCCUCCAUCACCCUGCGCUAUGCCUUCACCUGCCAGGUGUACGCAGAGAAGAAAGAGAACUCUCCAGCCCCCACAGCACCCAUGCAGAGCAUCUCCAGCGGCCUCAAGGAGACCAUGAGCCCCCAGGACAUCGUGCAGGAUGCAAUCCACAACUUCUCCCCCGCCUACCAGCACUAUACGCAGCAGGCCACACACGAGGCCCCGGGGCACGGCCAGGGCGGUCACCCCUCGCCUGGCACCCACCCCGGCAUGGCAGGUGGCUCUAGUGGAGGCAGGAAGAGCCGCAAUGUGGAGAAGAGGAUGCUGAUCCCUGAGGAGGAGCUGUAGGAGGGAGGGCCUCAGGGUCACCAGCUGCCUGGCUGGGGACAGGCAGCUCAGGCCUCUGGGAGAGGACAGGGCCCGUCACUCCCCAACCCUCUUACCAAAGGUCAAGCCUCUCUUGGGAGCCCUCCUGCCAGGCCCAUGGAGCCCACCUCCCAUCCUCCCUCUGGCCGGUGGGCCCCCUGACGACCUGCUGGGCUCCCCUGGCCAUCAGCUCAGGUGGCCACCAGGGGGCAGGGAGCCAGCAUGGCCUCCCCGGAUGGACAGAUCCCAGGCUGGGCAGCUGCAGGGAACGACAGCCAGGACAGAGUUGGGCAGCCUGGACCCGAGAGGACUGGAGCUCUGGGCACCACCAGUGGGUGGGGUCCACAUGGGCUGGUGGGGGUGGGUGACUCAGCUGGGCCUUGCUGUGGCCCAUUGGGCCCGAAGGAGAAGGGCCACCACGGCUCCACACACCCCCAGCCAUGGGGAGCCCUGGAAAGCAGCCCCCCCCGGGAGGGUAUGCCCAAUGUGGGUGUGGAAGGUGCCCGGGCUUCCUGCACAGAACCUUUGCCCUGGCCACCAGCAGAGCCUGCGGGCUUCCUGGUGAAUUGUGCUUAUUUAUACAUAAACACUGCGUUUUCUAGUGA